CGAUUUUUCGAAGUGCGAUAGGUUUUUAAGUCGACAAAUCUGAAUCGAAAGAGAGGGAAUCGCCCUUUUUCUCCAUCCCAAUUUCCGAGCAUCGUAUUUCCAGCAGCCAUGGCCACCGAAGCAGCCUCCUCUCUCCAGCGAAAUCAAGUUGAUUUGAUGGAGUUUAUCGACUGGUCUAGUGUGGAAUGUUUGAAUCAAAACAGCAGCCACUCUCUUCCUAAUGCUCUCAAACAGGGGUACAGGGAAGAUGAAGGUUUGCACUUGGAAAGUGAUGCGGAUGAGCAACUCUUAAUCUACGUUCCCUUUAAUCAAGUUGUUAAAAUUCAUUCCAUUGUAAUUAAUGGGCCUGAGGAGGAAGGUCCAAAAACGGUGAAACUUUUUGCUAACCGGGAGCACAUGGGAUUUAGUAAUGUCAAUGAUUUCCCCCCAAGUGAUGUCGCUGUUUUAUCCGAGGACAACCUUAAGGGAAAACCAGUUAUAUUGAAGUACGUCAAGUUUCAGAAUGUUCGCAGCUUGACAAUCUUUAUCGAGGAAAAUCAAUCUGGGUCUGAAAUUUCGAAAGUUCAAAAGAUUGCUCUAUUUGGAUCAACGGUUGAAACAACGGAUAUGAAAGGUCUGAAGAAGAUCGAAGAUCAUUGAGCCACCUGGAAAUGGGCAAGAGACGAAGGUGAAUUGGUUGAAAAGCCUUUCGCCUGCUGCAAACUCUCUUUCCAUUCUUGGUUAAAGAAAAACUCGUGUGGUCGUUAUAUUUAUCACUCGCUAACGUGUAACUCAUGAAUUUGGUAGGUCUUUUGUUUUCAUGGCUGCAUAACUGUCCAUAGACAAAUUUGCAAUUUUUUCCAUUUCAACAUUGUUAAGACUCUCCAAUGGAUUGCUCUCUCUCUCUC